CAUUACGGAGGCUCGCCCAAAGUGCUAGUGCCGAGUGUCGCAAUAACAUUCUGCCGAACGAUUCCGUCCAAGAAAAACGUCCUUCUACGACUCAGCAGUCUCGUCAAUCCAAAAAGCAGAAUGUCUGUGCUGCUUAUGGCCGGCAGAAAGAGGGACAAGGGAAGGAGUAACUCGGCAUCCGAAUCAGAGGAAGAGACAGAAGAUACUACCGAAUACAUUUCCUCCGGAAGCGUCAAAAUGUGGACAUGGACCUUCGAUGGGGAUAAACUUACUAUAAUAUUCAGAAAGGACACGAUGGAAGUAUGGGUAGACGACGAUAAAAUUGAUCCCACGAGCCGCUUCUCUGGGAGUACUGUCAUUAUGGAUUUCAAAAUAGGCAAGCACCAAGCCCGGAUAAGAAGUACAAAGGGAGAUGAUGAUGAUAUGCUUACAAUUGAUGGAAUCCCUGUAGAUUAAAAACUGACAGCGAGUUUACUUUGAAGACAGGUCGAGUCAUUUGCCUAUCACUGGGCGCGGCACAUGACUGACGUUUGCGAUUGAAAACAGUCUUCAUAUAAAAUA